CACGUUGCGCAUCGUCAUCAUCAUCAUCAUUCUGGCACUCACUCUCCAGUUGGCUUCAUCAAAUCAACUUCGCCAUGUCGUCAGCUGCUAUUCCAAAGACUACCAACCGAUGGGUUCUGGCCGAGCACGUGCCCAAGGAUCGUCCCCUCACCAAAGACUUUUUCCGUUGGGAAACGGACGUGACGCUGCGUGAGAUUCAAGAUGGCGAGCUUUUGGUCAAGGUCGCGCAUCUAGGCAUGGAGCCAUCGAUGAAAGGCACCUUUACUCAGGAGAAGAGUUACAGGCCUGCUCAUCCCCUCGGCGCUCCCUUGUGGGCACUUGGUAUCGCUGAUGUGCUCGCAAGCAAGUCGUCAAAGUACAGUGCGGGAGAUCGCAUCUUUGGCUAUGUUGGACAAGAAUCUAAUGCGAUCAUCAAUGAGAAUAGCCCUCUACUUCAAAAACUCCAUCCUGCGCUGGGCAAACAAGCCCUCUCUUUGCUCGGACCACCUGGCCUGGCCGCGCAUGUAGGACUCAUGAACGUGGCUAAAUGCACCAAGGACGAUGUCGUGCUGGUAUCCGCUGCAGCGGGCGCCACCGGCUCAAUCGUUGUUCAAUUGGCCAAAGCUCUAGGCGUCAAGAAAGUCGUGGGCAUCGCUUCUUCGCGCAAGCUUGAUGCGGUCCUUGAGACCGGUGCGGACGCGGCCGUCGGCUACGACUCUCCCUCGUUCCUGGAAGAUCUACGAAAAGCUACCAAUGAAGAGGUGUCCGUCUACUUUGAAAAUGUCGGAGGCAAGGUGCUAGACGCCGCUCUGGAAGUCAUGGCCCCGAACGGCCGGAUCGCGCUCUGCGGUGUGAUUUCCGAGUAUCAAGGCCAAGAAGAGCCUAUUCGAGGGAUGCGUUGGAUCCUCAAGAAGAAGCUGCUCCUGGAAGGAUUCAUCUGCAAUCAGAGAGGCCCAGAAGCUCUACUGACCGCUAUCAAGGAGCUGACGCAAUGGGGAAUAGAAGGCAAAGUCAAGACCAAUAUUCACACUUAUCAGAAGAAAGGUCUGGAACAUGCCCCAGACGCUCUGCUUGCUCUGCUGAAUGGUGAAAACACUGGCAAGAUGGUGCUUGAUCUGUAAGCUGUUGACGUCCGCACGGGGAAGCAGAAACAAUCCACAUGGUGAAAUGGUGUAACCAGACGGAAAGGCCAGGCGCUGACGUCGAUGAGCUGCCAAAUUGACGACUUGUCCGUCCAUUUUGUGACCCCGAAAAUGGGGACGAUCUGAAUGUUAGACCGUGAAAGGCCAGAUCGUGCGUUCUCCCCAUGGCUACGUGGUCUGGCGAAUAGAAGGCCAGUGAGACACAGAUUGAAUGCCAUGCUCCAUUCCCAAGACUAUUCUG